UCAAUAGUUGUUGCAGACACUUUACAGUGAGGACAAAGCAAUGCGGAUCGCAGUUUUAGCUCUUGUGGUAGUAGCUGUAGCGGCUGCCCCCAGGAAUCCUUCCAGGAUUGUGGGAGGUGACCUCACCACUAUUGACAAGUAUCCAUCGAUGGCCGCCGUCCUGUAUUCUGAGAAUAUGGUGAACUUUUCGCAGUUCUGCGGCGGCACUAUCAUCAAUAACAGAUCUAUUCUCAGCGCGGCCCACUGCAUUGAUUAUGCUCCUGUGGAGACAAUCCGUGUCCGCAUCGGCUCCUCGUACAGCAGUAGCGGCGGGGAAGUGUUACCUCUAGCGGCUAUGCUGUUACAUCCAGACUACAGUCCUUGGCGUGUACAUCACGACAUCACCAUCUUACGAACUUCGGUCGAGAUUAAAUACAGCGCCACCGUGCAACCCGCCCCUAUCGCCGGCUCCACCUACAAUUUAGCAGAUGACGCGGUCGUUUGGGCUACUGGUUGGGGCAUCACUGAGUUUGAUGACGUAUCUGAGCAGCUUCGAGAUGUGCAAGUCUGGACCGUCAACCAUGAGAUCUGUCGUCAGCGCUACUUGUGGACUCUUCACCGCAUUACCACUGACAUGCUGUGCACCGGCUGGCUCGACGUCGGCGGCCGUGACCAGUGCAUGCUGGACUCCGGCGGCCCCGUCUACCACAACGGUGUCGUUGUUGGUGUGUGCUCGUUUGGACAAGGAUGCGCUUCACCUAGAUUCCCUGGUGUCAAUACCCGCGUAUCCAGUUACUCCGACUGGAUUAUAGCCAACGCCUAAAAUGUGAUUAAAAUUGUAUUGUUAAUGAACUUAAAACGCCAUUACCAAAUUUACAAAUACCCUUUUCAAUCAUGAGUUUGUAGUAAUAAUCAAUUAAAUCUGUAAAAAAUCCUAAACUUGAUUAAAUAUGAUUCCUUAAUAUAUCUUGUAUCUAUGUCUAUGGA